AUCAUCAAAGCCAAAAAGUAAAGAAAGCAAACACCAUGAAUUCGUUCACCAACACGUACAAUUUUGACAAUCUCGUGGCCCUACUGGGCCGCCUCCAACUCAGCCCUCCAAAUACUUCCCACAAUCCCCUCCUCUCUCAAUCUCAUGAGGACCACCUCUUUGACGCUGCCAGCAAUUACUCAGUUAAUUCUGAUGAUGGCAACUCUAAUACCAGAACCCAAUUGUGUAAAGAAGAAUUCAAGCUUAAGAACGAAAUCGAAUAUCUCAUCGACUCAGGUAGGACUGAUUCAUUGAAACCCAACUCGGGUGAGGUAGUUCAAAUUGGUGAACAUCAAAUAUGUGUUCGGUUUCAUGAGGAAAAAGGAUCAGAUUAUCGAGCGUGGGAGUGGCAAGGACAUGUUAUGCUGUUCAAUGAAGAGACUGGAUACUCUCCUGAGUAUACUUAUGGGCAUUACUACGAGAUGUUGGAGGGUGAGGAAGAGGAAGGGGAAGAGAAGGAAGAGGAGAAAAUGGGGAAUUGGUGGCUGAGAGAGUUGAUCUUCAUAGGAAUAUUAAUGCAGCUUCUCCAAGGCUUGGUUAAGUGCAUUUGAGCAUUCAAGGGGAGACCUGAAGCGGUACGCCAAAUCCUAUUUCUUCGAGAUUGAAGCUUUUCUGUUACCAUUGGGCUCACUACUGCCAGGGCUGUUCCAUGAUCUGUUAGGUGUUUUAUAUGAGUGUCAUAUUUGAAUUGCAUAUAUAUGUUAACUAUUUACAUGAAAAGUUUCUUUAAUUUGUAAUUCAAUUUUGUCCAACUAUUUCUAAUGAGCAGAAUAAAUAU